AUGGCGAUCUCCACCGAGGAUGAUUACGAUCAUCUGUGCAAGGUCGUCCUUGUGGGCGAUGUGUCUGUGGGGAAGACACACCUGCUGUCGAGGUACAUGAAGGACGACUUGCCCAAGGCGCCUGCAGCGACCAUUGGAGUCGAGUUUGCCACGAAGACACUUCGCUUGCCUUCAGGAGUGAAUGUAAAGGCGCAGAUUUGGGACACCGCUGGGCAGGAGAGAUACCGAGCCAUUACGCGUGCUCACUACCGCCGUGCUGCUGGGGCUUUGGUGGUUUACGAUGUCACACGGCAGGAGACCUUCCGGAGCCUUUCAAUGUGGGUGUCCGAAGUUCGAGAAGGCGCGUCGCCGGAUGCCACCAUUGUCCUGGUUGGCAACAAGAUCGACCUCGUGGAGCAGGAUCCCUCCGCUCGGCAGGUCUACCAUGAUGUUGCAGCAGAGUUUGCACGACAGAACCGUCUCCUAUUUAUGGAGGCGAGCGCAGUGUCGGGUGCCCACGUGAAAGAGGCCUUCGACCAACUUCUUCAGGAGGUCUAUGCGAAGUCACCCAAGGGGGACAGAAAUGAGUCGGAUGGACCAUCCUCUGACAAAGGUGCAGUCACUAUCUCUCCAACCAACCGGGGCACCAAGACGUCGUCAGGCUGUGAGUAUUGCGGAUGA